AUGUCUGGCCUCGCGACAGGGAGAAAUCCGGGAGAGUACUUGAGCGGCGGCGUGGCGGAGGAGAAGGCUUUAUCUGUACUUUGCGCGGCCGUGUCUCCCUCGCUAGCUACGCAAGUCUUCACGGAAUGUCUAACAUCGCUCGUAGCAUCGAAGGAUAUUGCAGAUAGAGGACAACGUCAAGAAAGCGGAGCCCUGGCAAGGAUUGUUGUGCUGAUACAGAGAAUUUUGGAUAAGAAGUCUCAUGGUGAUGUGGAUGGGGGUGAGAGAAGAGGCAUGGAGUGUGCGGUUGCGGGAGUAUUUGCUUCAGCUCGUGCUCAGAGUGACCUUCGCACCGUCGCUACUUUGGUCUGUUUGGUUCGCAGGCUUUUCUUGCCAGUAAACGUCUCUAAAGGUUCGGAAGAUUCCAGUGCUGGUUUCCAGGAGCAUGAGAAAUGGCUCAAAAACUUGGUCCGCACAAGCGAUGCAAAGUCCACGAAGGUUCUGGUAGCUGUUCUCAGUGAGCUGACACCCCUGGAGCCGAUUAGAUUUUUGAGGAUGAACCAUAGAGUGUUCUCCGCAGAUAAGCAGUAUUUGCAUCUUUUUGGUGACUAUUUGUUGCAAGUGCGGUCUAAAAUCAGUGAUUUGAAUCCCCUGCAUCAUUCUGGGAACGGAAAUCAGGCUGGCCCUUCCUCUUCGGAUGCAUUGAUCGCUCGACGCAAAAAUGAAGUGAUUAUAAUCAAGUUUGUCAAAGAGUUUGCCGAGAAUGGUGGAGAGCUCCCGAAAGCGUUGGUGAGGCAUAUGAAUUUUUACCGCCAUCAUUUUCGUUCUCAUGCACUUCCGGUAUUGCUGGACAGCAACCUCGAUCCUGCAGUAGCAGAGGAAGUGGUUUUCAAUAUGAACAGGAACAAGUUCGACGAGCAUCGAGCCAACCUGAUUAAAACGAUGGCAUUCGUAAGGAAAGAUAAGUCAAUACCCGCGGCACAGGCGCACGCCGCUCUGAAAGAAAUAGAGCAAGCCAAGAAGCAGCGAAAUGCAGAACUGUCAGUCAAUGCGAAGGUGCAGCCCGGCUGGAGUUCAAAGGAAUCCACUAUCAACGAAUCGACCAGUUUGGUUGAAGUUAUCGAGAAUCUGAUCAAGUCGACAUCUAGCGAUGCUUCUAGUGAUUGCAAAACGAACAAUGUAGUGCAUUUCAAGGAGCUGAUGGAGAGCUCGAUACUACCCCGGCUUCAGAGCGCUGUCAAGGUUUGUGCAAGUGCGAAGCAACUGGGGCUGGUUGCAUCGGAUGUACUUCGAGGGUUGCUAAACGGAUUGGCAACCAGCAAAUCUGAUUCGGAUUUCCGCGCCGAAAACACAUUCAAACGAUGUGAGAAGUGGUGGGAGACAGGUGCGAUGCUGCUGUACGCCUUCUUUGUCACUAUAUUCGGACACAAGAAUCUGCAAGCUCUGCAAAAGCCUUUUCAGUACAAUCUCUUCUUUCUUGCUUGCAUGCGCAUUGAAUGCUUGGGACGCUCUGAGGUCAUAGGAAUAGCAAAGCUUUUCUCUGUUAUUUUCUCGAUGAACACCGUCUCCUCUGUGGCAGACCUCUGCUAUGUGUCAUGGACUGGAGCAGGCACACAGCUGACUAGUUUCGCAAAUGUUGUUUUCUUGUCUUUGCCGUUGCGCGACCCUGUAAGCGUAAGGAAAUCCGUUUGGUUUGCGGCCAACUGCGUAACUUUAAUUGGUUUUCUACAAGAAGACGAUUGGCCAGGGUCUCGUUACCGUCUGUCUACAUCGUACAUGGGAGAAGUCGAUAGAAGUACCGCACGAUCAAGUGAAGAUCGUUUGCCAAGACUUGAUCCAUUGCUCCAGCUACUGCAGUGGGCACUGUGUGUGCCAUGGCGCUUCAUGAAGACGAGAAAUGUCCUGGACACCAUGACAGAUGAGCAUGUCACCGAAGAGGCAGCGAACGUUCUAAAUAGUAUCACCCACAUCCUCUCUAAUCAGCAAUUUAGUGGGCGAGCGAAGCUUACCUGUCAGGAUGUGUUGCAGAUUGAGUAUCGUUGUGGAUGGGGACGACCGCAUGCCGUGAAGAACAUUCUGCGAGUGCUCAGCGGUUAUGGAAGGGACGCAUGUGAAGUUGUUGCUGAAAGCAGCAUGUUUGUGGCGGUUUCCAAUGUUAAUGGCGCCGUAAGUCCGGAAUGGAUCGCAGAAGGGGUGUGCAUGUUUGCUGAGGAAAGCAUGUCGCUGCAAAGAACGAAUGGGGAAAUACGCAAUGGCAGGAAGGGCGUUUUUCUGCACCACUUGCGCAAGUGUGUUGAAAGUACUGGGGCGAACGCAGGUCAAUAUAUGCUCGACGUUUUGUCAAGAUUGCCAUGCCGAUUUUUUCAAGGGUGCGACUUGGUCAACGCGGAUAUGCACCUCUCCGAAUUUCUGAUUCCGUGUUAUUGGCCAUUUUCAAACCGAUGGCUUAAAUACUUAGUCUGGAGCUUGCAAUCAUGCCAAACGUCCCACGAAGCAUGUAGCUAUGCAUUUCAGAGAAAUGGAUUCCUUGUCUCAAACCUUGCAACGGCAUGGGACGCAAUCGGGAGCGAACUGAGAACAUCGAACGCAGAGCCCUGUAUACUGAAUGAGUUAUCUACCAGCGCCGCGACAAUCGCUCGAAGCCUGAGUUUGUUGGAACAUCUUGGGACGUAUCAAUCUCACCUAACCCAAACGCCAAAUUCUUAUUCCUCGCAGAAAUGUAGUGGGCCUGAGCAAUGGCCAAUGGCGUACGGGGUGGCUUUUGCCUUGUGGUUUUCAGUGAGAAGGUUUGAGUCAAUAAGACCCGAUCGUAAGAUGGAUGCUGAGGCAAUGUCAAACGCUGUGAAGCAACUGGUGUCCAGUAUGUCAAUCAUAGCAAUACCUGAUGUGAUGGACGCUGCAAUGUGUGCAUCUGCCUUAAUCCCGUUCACAUACUGCUUUGCAGAGGUUGAAGAUCAAGACGCACUCGCGAAAAUUUUAGACCGCAUGCUCUCCGCUGUACUUGCCGAACGAGUGCGCCUUGAGGAAGGUGCCGUCCCUUUCUGGGCUUGUGAAAAACUGUCCCGCUCCGCGUUUGUCGAGGGCAAUGUGAAGACUUUACUCGCCCAAUGGCUCGGGUUGGAUGCCGGAGGGGUGAGAGAGAGUCAAUUGAGGCAUUUGAAGAGCAGUCUUGCCGUUGCUAUGUGCCUGGGCAAGGUCUUCUCGACGAUUCUGCUGGUUUCUGCUGAAGAGUUGUCGAUGCUUGUUUCUAGGGCGGGAUCCCAAACGGUACUUUCCAUUCUGUUUGCUAACAUACUAACUGUGUACAAAUCAAUCACUGCAAAGGAAGGAACGUUUCCAAAGGAAAGACUCAGCGAACAGGGCAUGGAAAGACUAUUGAGCAACCGAUUUUCGUCAGCUUCAGAUCUACUGGAGGUCAUGGCGCGGCUUGUAACAACCUUGCAGUUGCAACAAAGCACUGGGAUCGAGCCCCAAAUUGAAGCCACUCUGCGGGAAUUCCCCGAGCAAGCCGAGGAGAUACAAUUGCUUUUGAGCACCAGAAACAAGCUUAACUUUUCGUAA